AUGGAGCUAGAAAACAAAGACCACCAGAAGAAGUGGACACAGGGCAGUGGCUUUGCAACAGUAGAGGUUCUCCUGAGUUGGAUGCUGAAGCUCAUGAACCGCCUACUGAGAACCAUUUCCAUGCUCGAGUAUUUCAUCAACCACAGUUGGGAAUGGAGCACGAACAACACGGAGAUGCUUCUGUCAGAGCUGAGUCCUGAAGAUCAGAGAGUAUUCAACUUUGACGUGCGCCAGUUGAACUGGCUCGAAUACAUUGAAAAUUACGUUUUGGGGGUUAAGAAGUAUCUACUAAAAGAGGAUCUGGCUGGUAUCCCCAAAGCAAAGCAACAUCUAAAAAGGCUCCGGAACAUUCACUACCUCUUCAACACUGCCCUGUUUCUUAUCAUCUGGCGCCUCCUCAUUGCAAGGUCUCAGAUGGCUCGGAACGUCUGGUUCUUCAUUGUGAGCUUCUGCUAUAAGUUCAUCUCCUACUUUAGGGCCUCCAGCACACUCAAGGUCUAA